AUGAGCGCUGACGUCGCUGUGCCGAUGCCGGCGCGGUCGGUGAGGUACUGCGAGAUCUGCUCGUUCCCAUACGAAUACUGUGAAUAUGGCUCGUCGCUGUCGAAGUGCAAGGCGAAUCUGGAGCUCAAAGAUGCCGAGCUGUAUGCGCGACUGUACUCGGACGCCGCGCUCGAAGACAAACUCAAGUCGCUCACGACCGAGCAGGCCGAGUCGCUAGAGCGCGAGAGUGCGAAGAAGGAGCGCAAGGCGCAGGCGAAAGCGGAAAAGGAGCGCGCCCAACUCGCCUCGUCCAAGAUCGUGCUGUCGCGCAUCGCGCGCACGAAGCGCAAGGUCAUUACGUGUGUGCAUGGCCUGCAUCAAUUCUCGCCGCCGCUGCCAGCGCUCAAGGUGAUCGCCAAGGGCCUGAGCUCGAGCUUCGCCACAGGCGCGUCUGUGACGCAGAGCACGCAGCACCCGGGCAUCGACGAAAUUCAUAUCCAGGGCGACGUGGUCGAGGACGUGCGCGCCCUGAUCGCCGAGCGCAAAAAGCCCUUUGACCAGAUGCCGAGUGAGCAGGACGGCGGUGUGCUGACCAAGAACAUCGUGUUGGAGAGCAAGUAA